AUGACAAACAAGCAGCUUUCUGAAAAUGAGAUCUGGGAUGACUCUGCUCUGGUCCAUUCUUGGAACGAGGCACUCGAAGAGUACAAGAAGUACCACAGCAUGUCUGCUCGAGGUGAACGAGUCGAGGAUGUUCUAGAUGCUGUUGAGAAGGAAGAGGAAGCAAAGUCCAGCAUCGACACCAAGACUGAGAAUGUUGAUACAACGACUGGCCUUCCACCUUGGGAAACUAUCCAAGAAUCAACAGUGGAAGGAGCCGGAGAAAGUGUUGAAGGACUCAAGGAAGAAUCAAAUAUCGAACCUGUCGACGUGCGUCCGAUCCAGAACUCCAACCACAACCAGGCUCCACCAGGUGUUGCACAAGUGCUUCUUGAUUCUGUACAAGACGAGAGUCUCAAAGCACUCAUGACAUCCUGGUACUUUGCAGGAUACUACACUGGUCUCUACGAAGGACAGCGAAAAGCUCAGGCU